AUGCCUAACAGCAGCAUAACCCAUCAGAACCAUUCCUUCAACAAGACGCUGCUGGACACCUCAGAGAGGCUCCGCACCACUAUAGCCCUGUAUAUCAUCAACCUGGCUGGCAGCACCCUCGGGGUCAUCAUGAUGUCCCAUCAGUUGUCUCAAAGAAGACCACAAUCUGUCAUGACCAUCAUCAUUGUCAGCCUCCUGGUAAUGCACACCUUCAUGCUACUCAGCAUCCCCUUCCGCCUCAGCUAUUACAUUUUACAGGAGUGGAAGUUUGGGAGGUUUGCCUGCAAGCUAACAAGUGCCAUCAUCUACCUCCACAUGUACAUCACCUUUGCAUUUUACGUGGCGAUCAUUGUCAUCCGUCUCUUCCGCCUCCAGUUUAGGAAAUACUACACUAUAGCCUGGGUGGGUGCCGUCUGGCUGGUGGGAGUGCUGGUGGUCGCACCCAUUUUUCUCUUGUACUAUGGCACCUCUAAGAUGUACCACUCUUCUGAAUGCUUUCAGUUCCACAAGGAGAUGCAAGAGGUGCCCAUUGUGAUCGCAAAGUACUGCUUGGUUGGGAUUUUGGUGGCAAUUUGUGCUGUGCUCACCGUAACCCAGUUGUCUGUGAUCUACAGGCUGGCCGUAAAAUAUUGGCCUGAUGUUAACUCCUAUACGGAGUUUAGGGCUCAGGCAAAGAGUUUCUUUUUCAUCUUGGUAAUGUUAGUGUGUUUUAUUCCUUAUCAUGUAUUCAGAAUAUAUUAUAUCCAAACCUGCCACAUGGAUGAAGGCCAGAAACUACUCAAAUACAAUGAAAUUUUUCUGGCUUUAACAACAAUGUGCUGCUUGGAUAUGUUGUGCUUCAUAGCAGGAAUAGCCCAUUGA